CGGUCGGGGAAGUUCCCUUGGGGGGUGGGGGGGUGGGUCGUUAUGGCCUCAGGCGCCGGUAAGGCUGUACAGCCCCCCGGGCCGGGCUCCGCUCUUAACGGGACUGCGGCAGAGUUCCCGAACAUCGAGCAGGAGCUGUAUGAUUACCAGAUGCACAGCAAGAUGUGCAAGAAGAUCGCUCAGCUCACCAAGGUGAUUUAUUCUCUGAACAUGAAGAAUGAGGAGCAGGAGGCGGCCCUGCAGGCCUUGAACCAUGCCCACCAUGAGGAGCUGCGCCGCAUCUUGAUGGAAACAUGUAAUGAAGGGGAAGGGUCAGUGCUGAGAACACGCCUCCUGGAGCUGCAGGAGUCUCUGGAUGAGCAGCAGAGAGUUGGAGCUCAGGUGUGUGCACAUGUACAGGCAGACUUUGAGUGUUUUCGCAUCCAAGCGGAGGAGAGGGAACGUGAAACCGAGGCAGAGCUGAGAAAAGGGUUUCAGGACAGGCUCCAGGCUGCAGGAGAAGAGCUCCAGGAGGCCAAGGCCCAGGUCAUUGCUGCCCAGGAGGAUAGCCUGAGGCUGAGCAAUGACCUGGAGAAGGCUCGGGAGCAGAUACAGGAGCUGGAUGCCAAAUGUGAGGAGCUGCAGAAAGCUGCUGAUGAGGAGAAGUGGAGGAAAGAUGAGGACAGACAGAGAGAAGAUGAGGAAAAGAAGAAGGAGGAGGAGAGACAAAUAAAAGUGGACAUGGACAGAGUAAAAGCACUCUUAGAGGAGGUAGAGGCACUGAAGGAGGAGAGGGAUCGAGUGGAGGAGGAGAAGAGGCAAGCAUUGAAAGAAAAACGGGAACAGUGGGAGAAAAAGUUGAAUAAUCUAAAUGAGGAGAAAGAGGAAAUGAGGAAGAAGAUGGAGGCAGAAUGGAGGGAGGAGCGUCAGAGGUGGGAGGAUAAAGAAGAAGAGGAGAAGAAAGGAAUGCACAGCGCUCUCAGAGAAAGAGUGAAGAGGGCUGAAGCAGAGGUGGAAAGCCACCUGGAGAGGCUGGCUGAAAGCAAGAGGAACACAGUCAAACUACAAGAGCGAAUACAGGACUUGGAAGAGGAGCUGGAGCUGGAUCGAAGGCGUGUGUCCGAAGCAGAGGGUGUGGCUAAACGGGCAGAGGAGGAGCUAGCGGUUGCCAAGGAGAGGCUACUGCUGCAGGAAGAUGAACUGCAGAGCAGAGCAGGUAGCUGUUCAGCCGGCCUCUCCCGGUCUGUGUGUGUGUGCACCGAGGUGGAGGAACUGAGGAGCCAGGUGAGCCGUCUACAGAGCAGGAACAGAGAGCUGGAGCUACAGAGCAGUGGCCGAAAUAGUGACCAUGCCCGACAGAUCCGCCAGCAUGCCGAAGCCCUGUCCAGUUUGCGUUCAGAGAUGGUGAGAGCCCAGACAGAGGAGCUGCGUCGUAUCCAAAAACAUGCAGACGAUGAGAGGGACAAACUGCAGAGGGAGAUAGAAAAAGAGAGAGAAAACUUAGAGAAGGAAAGGGAGCAAGAAAAGGUUCAGCUUGAGAAGGACAGAAACAGACUGUGCAAGGAGAUAGAGGAGGAGAAGGAAGCGCUGCACAAAGAAGUGGAAGAGGCCAAAAAGCGUCUGAGGAGAGAAAAGGAGGAAGAGGUGGACCGAAUGCGAAAGGAGCUGGAAGUCGAGAGGGUUCGCGUUCGUUCCCACUUGGACAAGAACAUUGAACAGGUCGAGGCAGAGAGAGCCAGUGUGCAGCAAAGGCUGGAAGAGGAGAAGAAGAGGUUGGUGGAGAAGGCUGAGGAGGACAGGAAGCGGCUGAAGGAGCAGGUGCGGAAGGCAAUAGAGGAGGUGAUGAGGAGACACGCAGCCGAACUACACAGCGUUCAAGAAGCUCUGAGUUCAGAGAAAAAGACCAACCAAGAGGUGUGUGCACGCUUGGAAGAGGAGAGGAGGAACGGUGAAGAGCUGAGGACAAAACUGAAAGAUGCUAACAGUGAGAUCUGUAGGUUGGAGUCAGUGAUCCAGCUGCUAGAGAAGAAAGAAAGGGUGGCGCCUGAAGCUGCACCCUCAUGUGGACCUCAGUGUUCUUGCCUUGAAGAAGAGCUUCGUCAGACUCGGAGUCGACUGGCUGGGAUUCAGGAGGAGGCAGAGAGGCAAAGGGACAGACAGCAGAAGGAGAUAGCAUCCCUGAGAGCUGACAAACAUCGGCUGGAGGAGAAAGUCCUGGAACAGAGCCGACUGAACACGGAGAGGAGUCUUCUAGAGCAGAGCCAGCGGCACACUGAGGACCGGAUCAGGGCUGAGUGCGAGGAUCGUCUCAGAGCAGAGUUCAGGAUCGAGAUGAAUGCUGCUGUUGCUGAGAGCGAACAGAGAUGGCAGAUCCGAGAGCAGGAGCUGCAGACACAGAUAUCUGAGCUGCAGGCACAGGUGGAGAAUAAGAAGGCGGGCCAGGGAGAUGAUUGCCAUGGCAACCCCGAAAUUGACAGGUUGAGGAAGGAGGUCCAAGACACCAAGGAGAUAAACAGGAAACUGAGGGAGUUGCUGCAGGUACACGCCCGCGCAAGAUGCACACAUGAGGAGCCACAAACCAAGUCUUUAGGAGAGGAGAGACACAGCCAUGCCAUGGCUCUGCAGGCGUUGGAGAGACAGGCAAAAGAAGAUCUGCUGUCUGAGAGGAACAGGCUACAGACAAUGCACCACCUGGAGCUAGAUAAGCAGCGUGCGGAGUUGACCCAGCAGCACACAGAGUGGACCAGGCAGAUGACCCAGAGACACAUGCAGCAGAUAGAAGACCUACAGGCUCAGCUCCAGGCACACACACAGAUGAUGGCUCUGCAACAGGAUUUGAAGCAGCAGAACCAGUAUCAGGUGUUUGAGCGACAGCUGGACGAGAGUCGCUGUGCCAUGCUGGAGCUGCAGAGAGAGAAUGCAGCUCUCAAGAAGCAGUUAAAGGAAAGAUCAAUACAGAAAAAUCCUGAAACUGAAGAGAAGGAAGAUGCAAGCGCAGAAUUGAGGAAAAGGAGAGACGCCCAGCUGGAAGAAGAAGCACAACGUCUAAAGGAGGAAGUGGAGAAACUGAGGGUGGAGAUGGAAAAACUGGAAGAGUCACAGAAACACUGGGAGGAGAGGAAAGAGGAUGACAUAAAAGAAGAGGAAGUGGGUGAGGACAAGAGGAAGGAGCGAGACGAGCAGGAGGAGGAGAAGAGGAGACAGGAGGUGGAGGAAAUCAGGAGGGAGCACAAGAAGGAGAUGCAGAGUUUGGUCUCUGAAUACAGCAGCGCCCAGACGCACCUGCAGGCUCGAAUAGUGGCUUUGGAGAACGAGCUGCGUGAGCGGGAGGAGCGGUGCAGGAGGAGAGAGCCUCAAUGUGAUGACCUGCAGCUGGGGAGACUGCAGGAGAGGCUCACAGAGAGAGACCAGCUCAUCAAACGAUUAGUGGAAGAGCGACACCAGCUGCAACUCCACCCUCCUGUUGCCGGGGACAACAGCACCCUCAGGCUCCAAGACAGCAAGUCCCGCCCCGGGAGUGUCACGCCGACCAUGAGGAGGAAGCGUGUGGAGUCGCCUCCUCACAUCACCAGCAUCCCCAGCACCAGUGCGUACGACAGGAACAUCUUCCUACCCCACUCCUCAUUGUCUUCCCCCUCCCCCACAGCCAACAACCCUCCCCCUCACUCCCUCGAUCCACCAGAUCGCGAACCUCCUGCCUCCCUCCCACCCCAGCACCCACCGCCCCGCUACCCGUCUGCCCAUCACCGCCAACGGGCAUCCGCUACGUGUCCCCCUCCUGCCAGGAGCCAUAUGCACACCUGCAGGCCCAAUCAAUCAGGGGCCCAUAUCUGGAGCCAAGGGGGACAGAGGGCCUGAAGCAGGAGUGGUUCACCAAAUACUUCUCCUUCUAAGCACAAACACACACACACACACACACACAGCAGCUGCAAGUAUGUCUUCAUACAGUCCAUCGCUUCUUAUACACAUCCGUUUACUUCCCACUCACUCACACACACACACACACACACACAUAUAUACAGACACACACAGAGACAUAACGACAUUAAAAGACAAAUGGGCUCAUCACCAGCAAGGCCAUUUCGAGCAUUGCCUCAAAACUCAACCAAGAAGUGCUUCUCAAACACAUGCCUGACCUCUUCUCAGAACAUAGGCCUGCUGGAUCUUGUUUGUAUCGUUUGGAAUGUCUCCAUUUUUUUUUUUUUUUUUGAAGAAGAAGUCUUCCUUUUUUUAAUGCAGCUUUUGCUCUAAUCUCAUCACAUGGUUAUUCCAGGCAAAUGUACAUUUCUUAAACUCUACAACCAAGUGUCUUUUUGAGUAUGGAAGCAUUUAACAUAUUCAAUCAAGAUCCUCAUCAAUACGUAUACACAUGACUCACCAUACCAAAAUGAAGCUUGUCUCAAUGCAAAAAUGUACAAUAAUCUUAAUGAACAAAUUGAAUAAAA